AUGACAAACCAGGCCACGGUACAGCAGUCCAACGCCAACAAAACCAAGGCGGUAGAGGAAAUCCGGCAAGAUGACGGCACGGAGACAGGCUACAAAGACGCUGGCCACUGCAGCCGCAAUACUCACAACCUUCUGUUGGGGCUCACCGUCAUGGGUGUGGUUAUGGGAGCGGUAUUUGGCAUGCUGCUUCGCUACAUGAAGGUGACGGAAAGCUCAGCCCUCACCACCAUCUCCUUCCCUGGCGAAAUCCUCAUGAGGAUGCUUAAGAUGCUCAUCCUGCCCCUCAUCAUCUCCAGCCUCAUCACAGGUCUGGCCGGUCUGGACGCUCGCUCUAGCGGCCGAAUGGGCAGCAGAGCUAUGGUCUACUACAUGACCACCACCAUCAUUGCCGCCAUCCUAGGCGUCAUCCUUGUGCUCAGCAUUCACCCUGGAAAUCCCAAGCUCCGCGGCGGUGGUACUGGUGCUCCCUCCGGCCCACCUAAGAGCCAGGAAGUCAGCAGCCUGGAUGCCUUCCUGGAUCUCAUCCGCAACCUCUUCCCUGAAAACUUGGUGCAGGCGUGCUUUCAGCAGGUCCAGACAGUACUGAAACAAACGGCGGUGGUGGCCCCAAACCAAACGGAACCGAUUAUUGUCGGCAAGAAGAAACUUGAAUAUAAAUGGGGCAUGAAUGUCCUUGGCUUAAUCGGCUUCUUCAUCACCUUUGGCAUCUGCAUGGGCAGGAUGGGCGAGCGCGGCAAAGUCAUGUGUGAAUUCUUCAACAUCCUCAACGAGAUCAUCAUGACCAUGGUGUCCAUGAUCAUGUGGUACUCUCCAGUGGGGAUCGCCUCUCUGAUCGCGGGCAAGAUCGCUGCCAUCGGGGACCUGGAAGUGAUGGCACGGCAGCUGGGCAUGUACAUGGUGACCGUCAUGGUGGGCCUGCUCAUCCACGGGGGCCUCAUCCUGCCCGCCAUAUUCUUUGGUAUCACCCGCAAGAGCCCCUUUACCUUCUACUCUGGAAUCUUCCAGGCAUGGAUCACCGCGCUCGGAACGGCCAGUAGCGCCGGGACCUUGCCGGUGACGUUCCGCUGCCUGGAGGAGAAUUUGAAGAUCGACAAACGAGUGACACGCUUCGUGUUGCCGAUCGGCGCCACCAUCAACAUGGACGGCACGGCCCUCUAUGAGGCAGUGGCGGCCAUUUUCAUCGCGCAGAUGAAUGACAUCACGCUGGAUGGCGGACAGAUCGUCACUGUCAGCAUGACGGCCACCCUAGCCAGCGUGGGAGCGGCCAGUAUUCCCAGCGCCGGAUUGGUCACGAUGCUGCUGAUCCUGACGGCCGUGGGCCUCCCUACGCAAGAUAUCAGCCUUCUCAUCGCCGUCGACUGGCUGCUUGACCGCAUGCGCACCUCCAUCAACGUGGUGGGCGACUCUUUCGGGGCAGGCAUCGUGGACCACUUGUCCAAAGCGGAGCUCCAGGAAAUCGACGCUGCUGAAAUGCAGAUCCUCCCUACGGAGGAAGAGCUGGAUUUCAUCCCGCCACCACCUAUCCUGACCGAGAUGGACCUGGUGGACCCGCUCAAGCCGCCCGAGCUGCCACCCCGUUCGCCCCGUCCUCCUAAGCAGAACCACCAUGGCCACGUCCUGUCCCAGUCCCACUCGGUCACCUACUCGCCUUCUCGUUCUAUCCGUUCCCCAUCGCCGCGCUCUAUCCGUUCGCCCUCUCCGCGUUCCGUCUGUUCCCAUUCCCACUCCCCUCGACCUUUCCGCGCUCACUCACCUCGCCUCCUCUGCAGGACGGAACCGGGCUACUCAGCCCUACCCAGCCACGAUAACCAGGUCCCCGGCCUUCCUCGCUGCUACCGCGACCGUGACCGUCUGCACCGAGAGAGCGAAACUGAGGAGGAGGAAGAACGAGAACGAGUUCUCGGUGAGCCCAGCGACGGCGAGGAAAGCGACGACACAGCUUAUGACCGGCGGCACGCCAUCCUUCCAUGCGACCUACCGUGA